GUUAUUAUUACUGAAAGAGAUUGAACUCCGGCCACUUCGUCACGGAACCUUUCAUAACCACAAUAGUUGAUAAAUUCUCAUGACCGUGGCUCAUAUUCUCAGAGGUGGAGAGAACUUUUAUUGCUUUAAAAUUCUCUGAUAAUUUCUCCCGAGUCUUGAGGGUUAGAAAUGUCACCUCCCUUGUGCCGAGGCUGUGCCAAACAACUAACGGGCGAGAACGCGGGAGUCGAUGUAUUCGAUGGAGAGGCAUCGUCAAGUCUCAGGGGAAACAACCUCAGAACUGGCAUCGAGCUAAUCACUGGGAUAGCUGUUUCACAUACUGACGGACUCCCCAGAAGAUUGUGCGCAGAAUGCAACGACAAGUUGGAAGCAUUCCUGGCCUUUCGAACACAGCUGUUAACGUCUCUCAGACUUUUUCUAAGCUCUAGAGACGGUCGAGCUUCUACUGGAUCCGAUCAGCUGUCGGAAAUGUCGUUACCUGCUGUACCGGUGCCAGUAAUCAAUCAGGAAGGAAUCGGACUAUCUCAUGUCAGGGAAAAUACAUAUGUAACGUUAGAGUCAAAUAGCUUUGUUAGAUACAGUAGUAGUCAGACAGAGCAUUAUGUGAAAGUGAAGAGAGCCAACGUGGCUGAGCGGGACGAAGAAUCUGAGAUCGACGUGUGCUCAGGGGAUGACGAUGAAGUUCUCGAACUAGAUUUUCAGAGCAGAAAGGAUGAAAUCUAUGAGAUCGAUAGUUCUGAGGAGUCGGAUGUACAAGUCUGUGACUAUGAACCAAGCAGGUUAUGAGCUUGUCAUCUCACCAAGCUGUGAGCGUUGCCCGAGAGAAAAAGUUCCAGGAUUUUCUCCGUUACUCUACUCGUCCCCAAACGACGUGGCUGCAUAAGUUAAAGACGGGUAAUGGAAUACAUGGCUCUGUUUACGCAAGUCAUUAUCUUAUCUCAAUAUUCAUGA